AUGAAGACGUUGGUCAGCCCUGGCAAUGCAGCUUGCUGCAGCAUCCUUUCAAUUUGCGGCAUUGUCUUUCUUACAUUGUUAGGCAUGGCGUUCGAUGCUCGAGUAGAAGUCUUGACAGAAUUCGUGUCGGAUCCAGAUGACCCACACGCUACUGCAUCAGCUUGUUUCACUGCCGCUAUUGUGUAUGCCUGUUUCUUGGCUUUCUGUGGUUGCCAGUCUCUCGUGCACAAGUACAACUCACGAAACCAGAUCCAACUCUAA